CGCGCGUCCUGCCUCUUGCACCCGACCACCACCUGUUAACUUCAGACUCACGUUCAUUGCUGUAUCUUUUCGUUUCCACCCAUUCCUAUGCCCUCCGUGGCUUCUAAGCGACCCGCGCUUCGUGGCUUCGCUGACUCGUCCUCCUCAGACGAGUCAAUGGAGACGCUCCCUCCUCCCCCAAAACGCAGCAGGCGCGCGCGCCCUGUAGCUGAGGAAGAAUCGAGCGAACAUGAGGUCGAGUCCCGCCCUCGGUCGGCUCGUCAGCGGCUCACUCGCCGUUCGCACGAAGCUGACACCUCCGUCCGUGCCAAGAAGGACAGGGGCAGGGGGCGAGCACGUCAGCCGCCAUCUGAUCAUGAAGACUGCGAUGAUGAGGACGAGAUGGAGAGCGAAGAGGAGACCACCAAGGCCAGGUCACUCGAUAAGUUUGGCUCCUCGGCAGUCUCAGAGUCGCACACGAGACUCAGCAUCCGUACAGGCGACCUCGAGAACACGCUCAAUACUAGCGGUGGCGCCUCCCGCCAGGACCCGAAGCCCACUCGCAUCAGGCGCAAGGAUUUGCUGUCCGAGGCCAACGCUACUGCUCCGAUCAAGGACAGCAACAUGUGGACCAGCGACUCCAACUUCGACCGUCAGCACACCGAAUCUGGUCAGCCUUCAGCAACGACAAGCAGCAGCGGUCAAGCUUCGUCAUCAACCAACGGCACAUCAGCUCAGUCUUCGCCUUCGACCUCGUCAUCUUCAACUUCAACCUCGUCUUCUUCGACUUCGGCUUCAUCGUCUUCAACUUCGACUUCAGCUUCUUCAACUUCGACCUCGCCUUCUACUGCCAACUCCACAUCGUCGGCCGGACCACCCCCUCCCGGUGCACCGACCCCUGGUCCUACACCACCGAUCCCACCUUCGGACGUCACUAAUGGCCCGAUGCCGCUCCAGUACAUCCCCGGCUUCGUUCAUCGCCCACACUACCGCUACAAGGCCGGAGACCUAGAUGGAACAUCCAAGCAGGUCAUCCUCCGGACGUGCCGCGAGUACGAGGCCCUCAUCCUCAGUGUUGAUGCCUUCCCGGACAGUGUGAAGCAGCGGGUUUGGCUUCAGCAGUGCUUUGCGGGUGCAUGUCGUAGCAUGGGCGUCAACUUCGUUUUUGAUGACAGGCUCAGAAGCAUGGUCGUAGGACGUGGCUCUCGCAUUCGCGGCGACAUGCUCAAGAUUGUUCGUGGGAAGGUCGCAUCAGAGUACAAGUUCCGCCUCUCGACUCGUCGCAUCGCGGUUCGGAAGAAUCUUAAGAAGGCCGAGAACCUCAAGAAGGACAAUGGUUAUCUCUAUCAGAACGACAAGACCCUUGUUGGAUAUUGUCGCUCGAAGCUUGUCCCUAUCAUUUUGCAGGAGGCCCUGUUCGGGUCGGACAGCACGUCGUUCGGUGUUGUGUAUCGCAGGUACUUCGAUCCAAUCCCUCUUCCGACACUCGCGCUCGUCUAUAGCAUGAUAAACCACUGCAUCACCGAAUGGUCUUCGGGCAAUCGUGUCGUCGCGAAGUUCACCGAGGAGGACGUCAAGAUCAAGAACUACCAAGCGCACCUCAAGCUCGUCUCGGACUGGUCCUCGGAUGAGCCCGGUACGACAAGGAACAUGCGCGUGCGUUGGUAUCGCAAGAUUAGGGCUUUGGCAGGCAUCGAAGACACGACGCAGCCUACCAUCACCGUCUCGGCAGCGGCUCGGAUGAAGGCACGCGAGGAGCUCAGCAAGCAUACUGGUGAUACGAGCACGGACGAGGAUGUGGACGACGAGGAUGAAGAAGAAGAUGAGGGUUCAGCCUAGUACGUACAGUACAAUUACACUUACAAUCCUGGACUUUCGGCUCGUAGAUCUUUGUUCCCUGCCGUUUCCUCAUGUUUGGCUUACUGAUAGAUAGAGUAUCGUAGACCUAGCAUAACACGUUGCCAUAGUCAAUUGGUUCAGUAUACAUGUGUUUUUGUUUCA